UCUGAUACUUUUUGUAACACAACUGGUGCUGCUGCUGCAACUAAUGUACUCUUCCUCCAAGAACUGAUCAGCACUAUUCUAAUGAACCGCGUCUUCGGCUUCUCAAAUCAAUCGUUCCAUACAGUUACUUCGAUUCCACUGUCGAUAUUGAUAUUUUUUGGGACUUGCAAGAUUUUCUUGGCGAAAUUUGAUGUCCAGCAGCAAAACCCCCAUUUCUUUCGGCUUCAAGAUUGAUAAUUCAAGAACCCCAUUUCACAAGCCAGUUUUAAUCCUCAACCCAUACAGGGAUUGCAGAGUUAUGUGGAGAAACAUCGUCAAGCAAGUCAGUUCAAGAACCCCACUAAAGCUCUGUCGUAAUUCCGAGUCACUCUCUCGCACUUGCAGCUUCCUCGGGUCAGCCCAGGAGUCAGCUUUUCCUGAUAAAUUCAAGUUCAGACCCCUGUUUGAGCUCAAUUCUCGCCCCACCUUCUGUUUUCCUGAACUGGGCUUUCAGAAACUUGGUGAUUUCUCCAGCCGGGAUGAAUUUUCUCCGUUUCCUGCUAGAAACCAAAUAAAUUGGAAUGGUUUGUGCUUUAAAAGCUAUGCCAGUGUAGCUGAGGCAGUGGCGGUGUCGCAAACUGAUUUGGUUGAGGAAAAUAGUGUUAAUGUGUCUGUUGCUGAUGAGGUUCAAGAACUGUUGAAUGAGGUGAGGAAAGAGGAGAGGAGACAGUACUGGACUCGCUGGAGACAACGAAGAAGUGUUAGAGGAAUGGGAAAUGAGAGGUACAAAGCACUUAGGAGGAGGCAAGUGAAGAUUGAGACGGAGGCAUGGGGACAAGCCGCAAAAGAGUACAGGGAGCUUUUGAAUGACAUGUGUGAGCAGAAAUUGGCUCCCAAUUUGCCUUAUAUGAAGUCUUUAUUUCUGGGAUGGUUUGAGCCUUUGCGGAAUAAGAUUGCUGAAGAGCAAGAGUUUAUUAGGAAAGGGAAGAGUAAGGCGGCCUAUGCCAAGUAUUUUGAUCUCUUGCCGGCUGAUAUGAUGGCUGUUAUUACUAUGCAUAAGCUGAUGGGGCUAUUGAUGACCGGAGGGGAGCAUGGAUGCGCAAGAGUAGUUCAAGCUGCUUGCAUUAUAGGUGAUGCAAUUGAACAGGAGGUGAGAAUACAAUAUUUCUUGGAGAAAACAAAGAAGAAAAAAGUUCAGAAAAAUACAGAAAAGGAAGGAGAAGAAUUUGAUGGAAAUAACCAAGAGCAAGAAAAAUUGCAUCAAAGAGUUACGAUGUUGAUUAAAAAACAAAAGCUGCAAGCAGUGAGGCAAUUAGUGAACAGACAGAUCGAGUACCAGCCAUGGGGCCAAGAUGCUAAAGCAAAGGUUGGAAGCCAUCUCAUUGAAUUGAUUCUGCAAACAGCCUAUAUACAACCCCCUGCUAAUCAGUCAACAGAAGGUCCACCGGAUAUUCGACCUGCAUUUGUUCACACCAUGAGAACUGUUACAAAGGAAACAAAGACCUCUAGCAAAAGAUAUGGUGUUAUCCAGUGUGAUCCUCUUGUUCGCAAAGGCCUCGAGAGAACUGCCAGACACAUGGUCAUCCCAUAUAUGCCGAUGUUAGUUCCUCCAGUCAAGUGGACAGGGUAUGACAAAGGUGCAUAUUUAUAUUUGCCUUCGUAUGUAAUGCGCACACAUGGAGCACGACAACAACGUGAAUCAGUUAAGAGGGCCCCUACAGAACAAUUGAAACCAGUUUUUGAGGCGCUAGAUACUCUUGGAAGCACCAGAUGGAGAGUGAAUAAGAGAGUACUUAGUAUCAUUGACAGAAUCUGGGCUAGUGGAGGUUGCCUAGGUGACUUAGUUGACCGCAGUGAUAUCCCUCUGCCAGAGCGACCAGAUACAGAAGAUGAAGCGUUACUUAAGAAGUGGAAGUGGAAAGUUAAAUCUAUCAAGAAAGAGAACAGUGAGAGGCAUUCAAUACGGUGUGAUACAGAGCUGAAACUGGCUGUUGCAAGGAAAAUGAAAGAGGAAGAAGGUUUUUUUUACCCCCACAACCUUGAUUUCCGAGGCCGUGCAUACCCUAUGCACCCGCACCUGAACCAUUUGGGCUCCGACAUUUGUAGGGGAAUCCUAGAGUUUUCAGAGGGACGACCUCUUGGCAAAUCAGGCCUGCGCUGGCUUAAGAUACACUUGGCAAAUUUAUUUGCCAAUGGUGUGGACAAAUUAUCACACGAGGGUCGGCUAGCUUUUACCGAGAAUCACUUGGAUGAUAUAAUUGAUUCUGCAGAUAGACCACUUGAAGGAAAGCGAUGGUGGUUGAAUGCAGAAGAUCCCUUUCAGUGUUUGGCAGCAUGCAUUAAUCUUGCUGAAGCCCUGAGAAGUCCGUCACCGGAGACAACAAUUUCACACAUUCCAGUGCACCAGGAUGGUUCCUGCAAUGGUUUGCAGCAUUAUGCUGCCCUUGGUAGAGACAAGCUAGGAGCAGCUGCUGUUAAUCUUGUUGCUGGAGAAAAGCCUGCUGAUGUUUACUCAGGCAUAGCUGCCAGGGUUCUUAAGAUCAUGAAGGAUGAUGCCCAAAAGGAUCCUGCAGUAUUUCCUGAUGCUUUGCGUGCAAGACUAUUGAUCAAUCAGGUGGACCGGAAGUUGGUUAAGCAGACGGUAAUGACAUCAGUGUAUGGUGUAACUUAUAUUGGUGCUCGAGAUCAAAUAAAGAGGAGAUUGAAGGAACGUGGUGCCAUUGCCGAUGAUGCAGAGCUCUUUGGUGCAGCUUGUUACGCAGCAAAAAUUACCUUAACUGCACUAGGGCAAAUGUUUGAAGCUGCUCGGAGCAUCAUGACCUGGCUUGGAGAAUGUGCAAAGAUUAUUGCAUCAGAAAACGAGCCUGUUUGUUGGACAACUCCACUUGGACUCCCCGUGGUUCAGCCUUAUCGUAAAGUAGGAAGGCAUCUUAUUAAGACUUCUCUCCAGGUUUUAACUCUGCAGCGUGAGUCAGAAAAGGUAAUGGUUAAGAGGCAGAGAACAGCUUUCCCACCCAACUUUGUCCAUUCCCUAGAUGGUUCACAUAUGAUGAUGACUGCCAUUGCCUGCAAGAAGGCGGGCUUGAAUUUUGCAGGGGUUCAUGAUUCAUAUUGGACCCAUGCAUGUGAUGUUGACGAAAUGAACCGGAUUUUAAGAGAGAAAUUUGUUGAACUAUAUGAAGCGCCAAUUCUAGAGAAUUUAUUGGAGGGCUUCCAACAGUCCUUCCCUUCAUUGACUUUUCCCCCGUUGCCUGAUCGGGGGGAUUUUGAUCUUAAAGAAGUAUUGCAGUCUCCAUAUUUCUUCAACUAAACAGGCUGAAUAUAGCACUCUACUUGUGUUGCCACGUUCUUUGAUUGUCCCUCCAUUUGCCAUGGAUAAUGGAACCCGCUUCGCCUCAGUUUGAGAUCCAUAUCCAGGAUCAUAUGUACAUAAUUCCCCUCAUCAUCGCCUAAGCCCGGUGCUUCUUGUACAGUUUGCAGAGAUUCUACAUUCGCAAUAGGUCGCAAGUGUGAGGAAAAGCUUCCCGUCAUAGAAUUAUGAACUUUAGCAUCUUAACUACACCUGAUGCAGGCCUAUAGAAAUUAUGUAUAUUCUCUAGAUUCGAGUAAUUGUUAGAGCCUUCAGGAUAUUGUAAGCGGCCAACUCUUUGAGGGUAUUUUGGUCAAAUGUUAAUUAUGUAACUUGUUAGGAAAAAAAUCAAUUUAGCCCCUUUUGAUAUUGCAAAUGUAUAAAUCAGCCUCCUGUGAAAAAAAAA